AUGCCAGUGGGAUCAUCAUUGUUAGAGUUAGAAGAGCACAACCCUGCUGAAGGUGGUAGCGACGACGGUGUCAACGUCACCAAUCGCAACCAUUCGAAAAUUCAAGAAAUAACUUUCGGGAAGAUCAUUCGAGACGAAGAAGAAGUUACAAUGGCAAUCAAUGUCAUCGAUCGCAACCAUUUGAAAGUUCAGAACCUGGCCAAAAUUGGGGCUGGACCCGUAGAAACAAACCUUCGUCGGUUUCGUCCCAAUUCACAGCGUAGCACGGUCCAACUAACCAUGGCUAACGCCACAACUAUGGUCGGCGGAAAACGCCGAAAAAUAGACGAUCAGGGCGGGCAGCACAACCACCAGCCUCUGCUACCAGGACUUCCCGACCAUCUCUCACAGCUCUGCCUUUCACUUGUCCCUCCCAUGUUCCUCUACUCCGUCUGCCGCUCAUGGCGACGUCUCAUCUACUCCCCUUCCUUCCCUCCAUUUCUUUCUCUUUAUGCUCUCCUCUCCAACCUCGACCCAGCCACCUCCACCACCUCUCGUGUUAAUCAAAACCAUUCUAAUUCAAUAGAGUUCUUCUCGUUUGAUCCCAUCUCAUCAUCAUGGCAUAAGUUUCCACCGCCCCCGCCAGAUCACCUCCUCCAGCCGGUUCUCCUCCGACACCCAUCCUUCAUAGCACGAAACCUUCCCAUUCAAUCGGUUGCAGUCUCGGGGUACCUCGUUCUUCUUGCGGCUACGACGCACCACCUCCAGCCCGCCCUUUCCAGCCCUCUGGUCUUCCACCCAGUUUCCAAGCAAUGGCUACUCGGCCCCACGAUCUCCGCCCCACGCCGCUGGUGCGCCACGGGCUCCGCCGAGGGAGCAGUGUAUAUUGUGAGCGGCUUAGGGUCGCAUUACAACCGAGAAGUAGCCCGGUCUGCAGAGCGCUGGGACUUGGAAAACAAGAACACCAACUGUUCGGGUUGGGAGUGGGAGAAGGUUUCUGCACUCAAGCAUGGGAGGUUUAGCCGGGAGGCCGUGAGGGCCGUCGGUUGGAGAGGGAAGCUUUGUAUGGUUAACGUGCACGGGGAUGCACCCAAGGAAGGAACAGUUUACAACGUGGAGAAGGACCGGUGGGAGGAGAUGCCGGAGGGGAUGCUGGUGGGUUGGAAUGGGCCGGCCGCGUCGAUGGACGAGGAUGUGCUAUACGUGGUUGAUGAGACCAAAGGAAUGCUCAGGAGAUACAAUUCUUAUGGGGAUUGCUGGGAGGAGCUCUUUCAGUCAGCCCAUCUCAAAGGAGUAGUGCAAAUUGCAGCCGGCGGGGGUAAGGUUUGUGCUAUUCGUUCACAUGGUGACGGAAUUGCAGUGGUGGAUGUCGUCGCCAGACCACCGCAAUUGUGGGUUGUGGAUCCACCACCGGCAUUGCAAGCUGUUGCUGUUCAUAUCUUGCCGAGGAUGACAAGGCCGGUACCAUGACUGCUGUAACCAACAUCAUCGCCGGCGGUGGGGGACGAUCCUUUUUCCGGGGAAAGGCCUCUUUUUUCUUUCUUUUUCUUACUGUAUUUUUUUGGUUGGAAAUUGUUAACCAUAGGAGCAUACUCAGAUCUUAUCUUCCAUUAACUGGUAUUAGCUAGCUUGAAAAUGCAAAGCAGCUUUUCA